AUGUUAGAGGGAGGGUGCUGCAACAUCAUCGUGGAAAUAGGAAUCACCAACCAGGACAACCUAGUGGAGACGGAGAUAUUCAAGAAACGGAAGUACGAAGCUUUGAUAGAGGACCUGAAGGCGCGGCAAUUCAACCAGCACACAACGUUCAGGGCAAUCCCCUACGUUAUGACGUGGGAGGGGAUAGUGACAAAUAAACACACCAAGUACAGGCGGGACCUGGGCAUAUCGGAUCGCCUAGAAGCCCAUAUACAACGGGUAGUGAUCCAAGAAACACAAAAGCUAGUGUUGAGGGACAUGAAACCCAGAGAAGAUUAUGACUCUGUGAAUGACCCUCUCGCCCAAACAGGAUGGAUGCCACAAUGGAUGGUACCUGUAGCGUUCGGCAACACGAUGUGGACCCCGCAACAGAUACCAGCAGAGUGA